AUGCUUGUCACUGUGGAGACGUGUCUUCACACUCCCAUGUACUUCUUCCUGAAGAACUUGUCCUUCCUCGAUGUGUGCCUCAUUUCCAUCACAGUCCCGAAGUUCAUUCUCAGCUCUUUGUCUCACAGGAGCACGAUCUCUUUCCCAGGAUGUGUGUGUCAGGUCUUGUUCGUGAUUUCCUUUGUUGCAUCAGAAAUUUUCAUCCUCACAGCCAUGUCCUAUGACCGCUAUGUGGUCAUCUGUCAUCCACUACACUGUGAUGCCAUCAUGAACAGGGCAGUCUGUGUGCAGAUAGUAGCUGCCUCUUGGCUAUUUGGAAGUUUCCUUAGGGUCUUAUAUUCAUAUGGAACCUUUUUAUCUUUCGGUGGCUCAAGAAAAGUGCCACAGUUCUUCUGUGAUGUCCCCUCUCCACUGAAGAUUUCUUGCUCAAUGAUGCCUGCCACCAUUGAUAUUAGUUUGAUUGUUGGAGGCAUGUUUGGGUUUUUUGGAUUUGUAUCUAUUGGGUUUUCAUACGUUUACAUUUUUAACACAGUGCUGAUAUUGCCUUGUUACAAUGAAGGUCAAAAUCCUUUUCUACCUGCAUGCCCCAUCUCAUAG